UAUAUAUAAAAUGGCUCAAGAACAAAAUAUCGAUAGUCUCUGUAUCAAUACUAUCCGAACACUUGCCGCCGAUGUUGUUCGUGGCGCGAAUGCUGGACAUCCUGGUGCACCUAUGGGAUGUGCUCCUUUAGCACAUGUUCUUUUCAAGGAUUAUAUAAUGGCCAAUCCCAAGGAUUCUCACUGGCCAAACCGUGAUCGAUUUGUAUUAUCCAAUGGUCAUGCUUGUGCUCUUCAAUAUAUUAUCUUACAUUUUAUGGGGUACAAAUUAUCCAUGGAUGAUCUCAAAGCUUUUCGUCAUGCCAAUAGUUUAACACCUGGUCAUCCUGAAAGAAAACAUACGGAUGGUAUUGAAGUCACCACAGGUCCUCUUGGUCAAGGUAUUUCUAAUGCAGUUGGAUUGGCCAUUGCUGAAGCUCAUAUGGCGGCUACAUUUAAUAAACCUGGAUUUGAUAUAUUCAAUAAUUUUACUUAUGUCAUCAUGGGUGAUGGUUGUUUACAAGAAGGUGUUCAAUCAGAAGCUUGUUCUUUGGCCGGUCAUCUUAAAUUGGGGAAACUCAUUGCGGUUUAUGAUGAUAAUCAUAUUACUAUUGAUGGUGAUACUGCUCUUUCUUUUACUGAAGACUCAAUGAAACGCUUUGAAGCUUAUGGUUGGCAUGUUCAAAUCCUUGAAAAUGGUGAUACGGAUAUCAAGGGACUUCAUCAAGCUAUUGCUAUUGCUCAAAAAGUAACUGAUAAACCAUCUGUCAUCAAAAUUCGAACCACUAUUGGAUAUGGCUCUCUACAUCAAGGUGAAGAAACAGUCCAUGGUAGUCCAUUGUCAGAGGAUGAUAUCAGACAAGUCAAGGAAAAGUUUGGAUUCAAUCCGGAUGAAAAAUAUGUAGUGCCUCAAGCAGUUUAUGAUCUGUAUCAUGCAAUUGGAGCUCGUGGUGAAAAGGCAUGCAAACAAUGGUACGACAUGGUGGAACAAUAUUGUCAAAAGUAUCCGGAACUUGGUGCCGAUCUGAAACGACGUCUCAAAGGACAACUACCUAAUGGAUGGGAAAAUGUGUUACCACGGUUUACGGCAAAUGAUAAGGAAAUGGCGACUCGUAAAUGCUCAGAAGCAGUUCUCACCAAAUUGGUAGACAUAAUUCCUGAAAUGAUGGGUGGCUCGGCGGAUUUGACUCCUUCGAACAAUACACGUUGGAAGACGGCGGUAGAUUUCCAACAUCCUAGUACUCACUUAGGUGAUUAUGCUGGUCGUUAUAUUCGUUAUGGUGUACGUGAACAUGGUAUGUCUGCCAUCAUGAAUGGUAUUGGUGCUUAUCAAGGAGUGAUUCCAUUCUCGGGAACCUUUUUGAAUUUUUUGACUUAUGCAUGGGGUGCAGCUCGUCUCUCAGCAUUAUCGAAAACACGAGUGAUUUAUGUGAUGACCCAUGAUUCCAUUGGUCUUGGUGAAGAUGGACCUACACAUCAACCUAUUGAAACAUUGGCAUUGACACGCGCUACGCCCAACAUGCUGACUCUUCGACCUGCAGAUGGCAAUGAAACAUCAGGUGCUUAUUUGGUAGCCUUGGAAAGGGAUGAUGGACCAUCCGUGAUCGCCUUGACACGACAAAAUAUACCUCAAUUGGAAGGCAGUUCGGUGGAGGCGGUACGCAAAGGGGGUUAUAUUCUUGAACCUGAAUCAGAUGCGAAUCCAGAUGUUAUCUUGGUUGCUACAGGAUCCGAGGUGUCGAUUGCUAUGGAAGGUGCCAAACUCUUGCAACAAAAACAUCGAAUCAAAGUGCGUUUGGUAUCCAUGCCUUGUACUGAAUUGUUUGAUGAACAAUCCCGUGAUUAUCGUGUAUCUGUUCUCAAGGUGGGUGUUCCUGUCGUAUCUGUGGAAGCUUUAUCUACCUUUGGCUGGCAAAAGUACUCUCACGCUCAAGUAGGUAUGACUACUUUUGGUAAUUCUGGAAAAUACACCGAUGUCUAUGCUCUUUUCAAGAUCACCCCUGAACAUGUGGCAGAGGUGGCUAUUCAAUGUAUCAAUUUCUUCAAGAAGGAAGGAAGUGUACCUCAUCUUUUUGCUGAAUUUAGUCCUGCUACUUAGUCUUUUUUUUUU